UGCAUCCUUAAUCUUUAAUUAAAUUAAACUAGGACUUAAUCUUGAGCAGCUAAUUGGGUAUAUCUAAAGCCAAGAGGAAUGCUGCCUCAAACCACUAAGUUUUAUCUCUCAUUACUCCAAUAAGGAUGAAUUUAAAGAUAUUCGUUCAAGUGUCCCAAAGAGGCAGGAAGACUUCAAAGCUUUUGAUCUCCGAAAUAAGCUGUCUGACUAAUACUUCUCUUCAAAAUGUUAGUAUGAGUCCUAUUAUUAGAUCUCUGGAGUCAUAUUUUUGAUAGAGAGCGGUGACAGAGCUAUAAGAGUCUGAAUACUUUUCCUUCUCCCCUCUUUUAUUAGUUUGAAGUUAUUUAGUGGUGUAGUUAGGUUUAUCUGUAUCUUGAUCCUGGUGUUUUCUUAGGAUGUUCUGCCUUAUUCUUGGAGAUCCUAUUCGUCAUCAUGCUUCAAGCAAGCUAUUUUGUCCAAAUUGGGAAGGCCCACAGGACGUAAUUCUGUACAGAUGGGAUGAACAGCGUGAGAGGUUGGCAAUCAACUUUCUUUUGUAGAAGGCCAGUGAGUCUUCUUUAGAUAAUAUUGACUGUAUUCAAUCAGGGAUGUUCUAGAUCAGCAUGAGAAACGCUAUAUUGAUGCUACUUUUUAUUCAGGAAUUUCUAUCAAGUUCUAGGAAAUUGGACAAAUUCAGAGCCAAUUAUUUAUAUGGAACUUUAAGUAGCAUUUAUGAGUCAGUUUUUAGAUAUGAUCUUUUAAAAUAUCGAAUGGCAUUGCAGCACUAACAUUUGAGAUUCAAUCUAAUAUUUCUUCUCAGAGUUUUAUUAAAAGAGCCAAGUGUGAUGGGCGGCAAUGAGAGAUGCAUACUUCAGUGAGGUCUAUUGCUUUAGACCCUACUGCGUCA